ACGUCAUCCCGUCGCUUGGCGCACAGAGAGGUGAGGAAGAGGAUGAAGAUCUGCUGAUCAGCCAAUCUGCAGCCGGGCUGUCCUCCUCGCUGCGGCGUUUCUCCGCAUCCCUCCAUCUUCCAGCAGCGAUGCUCCCGCAGCCUCCGCCCCGCCUCCAGGCUCCGUGUGCGGGCAGGCUGUAGCUCCGCGGCUCGGUGCGCGUCCUCGUCAUGGUGCAGAAGUCCCGGAACGGCGGGGUGUUCCCCGGAGCGCAGGCCGAGCAGAAGAAGCUGAAAGUGGGCUUCGUGGGCCUGGAGUCCGGCGGGACGGAGUCCAGCAGGGACGGAGCGCUGCUCAUCGCAGGUAGUGAUGAAGGUCCUCGGCGUCAGCGCAGCAGCGUGUCUGGAGGAAAGAAACCUCCUAAAAGAAACGCCCUCUACAGGCGGCUGCAGAACUUCCUGUACAACGUCCUGGAGAGACCUCGAGGAUGGGCCUUCAUCUACCACGCCUAUGUGUUCCUGCUGGUGUUCUCCUGCCUGGUUCUGUCUGUGUUCUCCACCAUCAGAGAGUAUGAGAAGAGUUCUGAGGAUGCCCUCUACAUCCUGGAGGUGGUGACCAUCGUGGUGUUUGGGGUGGAGUACAUGGUGAGGAUAUGGGCUGCAGGUUGCUGCUGCCGCUACCGAGGAUGGAGAGGAAGACUGAAGUUCGCCAGAAAACCGUUCUGUGUCAUCGACAUCAUGGUGCUCAUAGCCUCAAUCUCAGUCCUGGCUGCCGGGACUCAAGGAAACGUCUUUGCCACGUCUGCCAUCAGGUCCCUGCGGUUCCUGCAGAUCCUCCGGAUGAUCCGAAUGGAUCGACGUGGAGGAACCUGGAAGCUGCUAGGAUCAGUUGUCUACGCCCACAGCAAGGAGCUGAUCACUGCCUGGUACAUCGGCUUCCUGUGCCUCAUCCUGGCUAGUUUCCUGGUGUAUUUGGCAGAGAAAGAAGACAACGAGCAGUUUGAGACCUACGCUGAUGCCCUCUGGUGGGGACUGAUAACCUUGACAACCAUCGGAUAUGGAGACAAGUUUCCUGUCACCUGGAAUGGACGUCUGCUGGCUGCGACAUUUACUCUGAUUGGGGUUUCCUUCUUUGCUCUACCAGCUGGAAUUCUGGGCUCUGGAUUUGCUCUGAAGGUUCAGGAGCAACACCGACAGAAACACUUUGAGAAAAGACGGAACCCUGCAGCUGGACUCAUACAGGCCGCCUGGAGGGUCUAUGCCACGAAUCUGAGUCGAACUGACCUGACUUCCACCUGGGACUACUAUGAGAGGACGGUGUCUGUCCCUAUGUACAGGCUGAUUCCUCCACUCAACCAGCUGGACUUACUGAGGAACCUCAAGAACAAAUCCGGACUUUCCUUUAGAAAGGACGUCCAGCCUGAACCAUCACCAAGUCAGAAAGUCAGCUUGAAAGAGAGAGUCUUCUCCUCUCCCCGCAGCUCAGGAACCAAAGGGAAAAGUUCUCCUCAGCACGUUGUUCCUCCAGGUAGUGUUGGUCCUGGAGUGGGAGUUGGUCCUGGUACUCCUGGAGGGGUUCAAGCUUUGCGGAGGUCUCCCAGCAUGGAACCCAGUCUCGAUGAGAGUCCUAGCAAGGUUCCAAAGAGUUGGAGCUUCGGAGAACGCAGCCGAACCAGGCAGGCCUUCAGGAUCCGAGGAGCAGCAUCUCGCCAGAACUCUGAAGUGCUGAUAGAGAUGCAGGAUGAAGAGUUCAGACACAAGAGCUCACCAGAUGCCAGUCUGCCAGGUGAAGACAUAGCCGACGACAACAAGAGCUGCCACUGUGAGUUCGUCCCUCAGGACCUUACGCCAGGGUUAAAGGUCACCAUCAGAGCCAUCUGCAUCAUGCGCUUCAUGGUAUCUAAGAGGAAGUUUAAAGAGAGCCUUCGACCGUAUGAUGUCAUGGACGUGAUUGAGCAGUACUCAGCUGGACACCUGGACAUGCUUGCCCGCAUUAAGAACCUUCAGUCCAGGGUUGAUCAGAUCGUAGGGAGAGGAACACCAAUUGCAGAUAAAGACCGUCCUAAAGCAGGUGGUGAGGAGUCACCAGAGGACCCGAGCAUGAUGGGACGUCUGGGGAAGGUUGAAAAACAGGUCCUGUCCAUGGAGAGGAAACUGGACUUUCUGGUAAAUAUCUACAUUCAGCGAAUGGGAAUCCCCCAGGCAGAGACGGAUGCCUACUUUGGAUCCAAGGAACCGGACCCAGCGCCGCCUUACCACAGUCCAGUGGACCUGCAUGAGAAGAGUCAGUCCAUCUCCAAGAUCCUGCAGGUGUUGCCUGGCGAUCACAUGGAGAGGACUCGCUUUGUGACUAAAAUGGUGCGCUCCAACAGCUCCACUGGUCACAGGAACUACGCUGCCCCCACCUGCCCUCCCUCCACCUCUUGGCAGCCAAUCAGCUCCCAGCUCCACCAGCAGGGACAGCCCAGCCACGGCAAUACUCCAAGCCCAGUGGGAGAUGCCUCCCUGGUUCGCCUCCCCCCUCCUCCACCUGGAGAGAGACACGGCGGGAACCGAUCGAACCGGCACAGCGCCGCAGAUCGAGGGGGGUCCGAGAGGCCCGAGAAGAGCGGGGAGGGUGCUAAUGGGACAGGAGGAGGAGACGAGGUGAAGCCCGAGAGUGACACUUCCAUCUCCAUCCCGUCGGUGGACCAUGAGGAGCUGGAGCGCUCCUUCAGCGGCUUCUCCAUCUCACAGUCCAGAGAGAACCUUGACUUCCUAAACAAUGGCUUCUACCCAUCGGCUAGCCUGGGGGAGCAGCAGGGUGGUGGAGGCUCUGCCCGCUGUGCCACCGUCCGACCCUACAUCGCAGAGGGGGAGUCUGACUCCGACUCGGAGCUCUGUGCUCCCUCUCCACACUCAGACCGGGCCUGGACCGGCACCAAGUAGGACUGAAGUACUCCAGAACUGAACCAGUAGGUCUGGUUUGUAAAAUGCAACAAAUACGUCUGAACUGACACUUUAAACACCAGCUGGGGGCUCGGAGUGAAGCAUUGUGGGAACUGAUGGUGGUCUGAUGACGUCACUGACAAGUUUGCACCUGAUCGAUUCCCUGCUCACCAAUCGGACUCACGUUUCACAAACACCUGCAUGACCGACCUGAAAUGUAUGGCCGAGGUUACCAUGCCAGCUACACCGUCUGUAUCGCAGAGUCCGGCCAGACCCGCUCCAGAACCCGGGUCCAUCAGAACCCGUACCAUUAAUGCUGGAACCUUUUUACACAGAGGGGUACAAGGACCAGAAUCCUUUAGAAUCUGGACCUCAGCAAUGUUCACAUGUGCAGGGAAGUCAAGUGGUCCUGAAAUAAUCACAGUAAGGUUUUAUUUCUAUGAUUUGUUUGCUGAACACGUUCUGUCUCCUGGGAGGGAUUUCUGCUCUCUGACCAGGAACAUCCACCAGAACACGAGAGUUUGCACACUUCCCACUACUGUUCAGGGGUCCAGAACGGUUCCCUCAUGGUUCCCUCUGAUGAUGCUGACCAGAAUGUCUUUUUGGCUCUGUUCCCUUUUUUCCAUUAAAUUGAAUAAAUGUUGACCUUCAGAGUUCAUCUCU